CUGCGCCAUGGGAGCAGCCUGCGGCCAGCUCAGGGCAGGGACUCCGGGAGGCCCCUCGCUGUGACCCUGGACAUCGACAAUGAGCCAGGAGGCCAACCUCCAGCUGGACGCCAGGAACCAGUGGGACCGCAUCGUGCAGCUGCUCAGCCAGCACCCGGAAUGGCUAGACCGCAAGGUGCGGGCCUUCGUCCCCGACGCUGACCCGGGCUGCGGAGACCAGGGCGCGGACCCCGCGGGGAGGGUCUCUCUGCAGCUGCGGCGGCUGUACACCCGCGGCCCCGACACCUGGAAGAGGUUCAUCCACUGCGUGUGCAUGGAGCUGAACCUGCCGCUGGACCUGGAGGUGCCGCUGCUGAGCACCUGGGGCCACGAGGAGGGGGAGCCCCAUGGAGAGGAGGCGGAGGAAGAGAGUUCAUAUGACUCUCAGCUCCACGCUGGCCUCAAGCGUCGCCACCAGACCUGUGGGAUGUCGCCCCCCAAGAAGCAGAGCAGGAAGCAGCAGCUCGAGUGGGCCGGCAGCUACCUGCAGCGGCUGAGGACCUCUGCCCAGCAGCGCUACACAGCCGACGUCCCCGGGCCCCGGUGGGCCCCCGCCCCCCAGCGCGUCUACGUCCCCCCGAUCCUGCAGUGGAGCCGGGCCACGGCGGCCCUGGACUCUCAGGAGGCUCCCGGGGGGCCCCUGACGGAAGACGGCCCCCGCGGCGGCCUCCAGGACCUCUUCCCCGCCAGGACCGGCCAGGGCCCGCGGGUGACCGUGCUCCUGGGCCAGGCGGGCAUGGGCAAGACCACCCUGGCCCGGCAGCUGUGCCGCAUGUGGGCGGAGGGGCAGCUGCCUCGCUUCCAGGCCGUGUUCCUGCUGGAGUUCCGCCUGCUCAACCUGCUCCCCCGGCCGCUGACGCUGUCCCGGCUCCUGCUGGACGCGGCCCCGGGCCCCGCCGAGGCGGACAUGGGCGCGGUGCUGCGGCUCCUGGAGAAGCGGGCGGAGGGCGUCCUGCUCAUCUUCGAUGGGCUGGACCAGGCCCUGCAGGCCGGCCCCGAGGCCCCCGGCUCCGCCCUCGCCCUCUUCUCGGGCCUCUGCCAGGGCACCCUCCUGCCCGGCUGCCGGGUGCUGGCCACCUCGCGCCCGGGGAAGCUGCCCGCCUGCCUGCCCAAGGAGGCGGUCCUGGUCCACGUGUGGGGCUUCGACGGGCCCCGGAUGGACGAGUACGUGGGCCGCUUCUUCGGUGACCAGGCGGCCCGGGAGGCGGCCCUGUCCGUGCUGCGGGCCGGCGGGCAUGUCCGGGGCAUGUGUGCCGUCCCCGCCCUCUGCCAGCUCGCCUGCCUCUGCCUCUGCCACCCGCCCCCCGGCGGCUCCGGGGGCCCCUCGGCCGCCCUCCCGCCCACGGUCACGCAGAUGUACCUUCGGCUGGUGCUCCUCCUCAGCCCUGAGCGGCCACUGCCCGCUGACGCCCUGCUGGGCCUGGGCGAGGUGGCCCUCAGGGGCCUGGAGGCUGGGAAGGUCAUCUUCUCCGCCAGAGACGCCCGUCCACCUGUGAUGGCUUUCGGGGAUGCCCACGGCCUGCUGACCCCAGGCCCAGGAGGCCAGGAGACCAGCUGUGCCUUCGCCUCCCUCAGCCUGCAGGAGUUCUUCGCUGCCCUGUACCUGAUGGCCAGUGCCGCUGUGGACAAAGAGACGCUGGCCCGCCACGUGGCCCUCUCCUCCCGCUGGGUGCUCAGGACUGCGGCCAGCCCGCGCCUCUCGGACACCCUCCCCACCUUCCUGGCGGGCCUGGCCGCCCCUUCUUGCCGGCCCUUCCUCAGCCACCUGGCCCAGAGGGACGAGGCGUGGCUGGGCGCCAGGCAGGCGGCCGUGGUGCAGGUGCUGAGGAACUUGGCCGCCCGCAAGCUCACGGGCCCCAAGGUGGUCGAGCUCUGUCGCUGCAUCGGGGAGACGCAGGAGCCCGAGCUGGCCGGCUUCAGCGCCCGGAACUUCCCCCGUCAUCUGCCCUUCCAUAAUUUCCCGCUCACCUACGGCGACCUGGCUGCCGUGACCAAUGUCCUGGGGCACAGGGAAGAACGCAUCCACCUGGAGUUUGAGGGCUGCCCCCUGGAGCCCUGCAGCCCCGAGGCCCUGGCAGGCUGCGGGCAGAUAGAGUGUCUGAGCUUUCAGAGCAGGAGGUGCGGGGACGUCUUCGCCAAAGCCCUCUCCAGGACUUUGCCGACCAUGGGGAGCCUGAGGAAGCUGCGGCUGUCCGGAAGUAAGAUCACUGCCUGUGGCAUCGGUUGGCUGUUGGAGGCCUUGCUCCUCUGUCCACAGCUGGAAGAGAUCUGCUUUCAGGACAACCAGCUCAAGGAGAAGGUGAUGGACAUCGUGAAGGGGCUCCUGGCUCUGCCACGCCUCCGGAAGCUCGACCUGAGCCGCAAUGAUGUCUCGGUGGCCACCCUGCUCGUCUUGACAAAGGUGGCAGUCACGUGCCCUGCCGUAAGGAUGCUGCAGGUCAGGGAGGCGGACCUCGUCUUCCUUCUCUCCCCACCUGCAGAGACAACCGGGGAUCUUCAAAGAGCCCCAGACCAACCGGGAACUGCCAGCCAGAAGAAGGAGACCCAGGACCGAAGUCUGAGUCUCAGGCUCCAGAAGUGUCAGCUCAGGGUCCAUCACGCGGAGAUUCUCAUCGCCCGUCUCCAGGAGGGCCCCCAGCUGGAAGAAGUGGACCUUUCAGGGAACCACCUGGAAGAUGAAGGCUGCCGGCUGAUGGUGGACGCCGCAGCCCAGCUGGGCAUCAUCAGGAAACUGGACCUCAGCAACAACGCGCUCUCCGAGUCGGGUCUACACUGCGUGCUGCAGGCGGCCAGCAGGUACCGGACGCUGGUGGAGCUGCACAUCAGCCUGGUGCACGGCACCGCCACCUUCACCUUCUCCCAGGAGCGGGACGCGCAGGAAGACCCCCGGAAGCGGGCCGCCUCUCUCCACAGCCCCCAGAUGCCGUCUGAGCUGCCUCCCUGCGCCCCCAAAAUCAGGCUGGCGCACUGUGGCCUGCAGGCCGAGCACCUGGGACGGCUGUGCGAGGAGCUGAGAAGGGGCUGCAGCUGGGCCCACCUGGACUUCUCCGGCAACGCUCUGGGGGACGGCGGUGCCGCCCGGCUGGCCCAGCUGCUCCCGGGCCUGGGCCCCCUGCGCUCUGUGGAUCUCAGCGAGAACAGCAUGUCACUGGAGGCCGUGUUCGUGCUAGCCAAGUGCUUCUCCGCUCUGCAGUGGCCUCUCCUCCUGGACGUCGACCUCGAGAGCCAGCGUGUCCUGCUGACAGGGGACAGAAGAGACAGGAGCCCCGAGGCUGUUGGAUCUUGGUCAGCACUCCCGGCGGGCGCCCAGGACUCAAGGCUCAGCUCCUGCAUCCCCAGGAGCUUCCGCCUCGAGGGGUGUCAGCUGGAGCCCCCCAGCCUGCGCCUUCUGUGGGAAGCCCUGAAGCCGUGCCCGGGGCCGCUGGAGGUCAGACUCUCCUGCAAGGACCUGAGCGACCAGAGCCUGGAGACGCUGCUGCAGUGCCUGCCCCAGCUGCCCCAGCUCAGCCUGCUGCGCCUGGCAGAGGGCCUGUCGCCCAGGACCCCCAUCCCCCUGGCCAGCCUCUUCAGCCUGGACCCACGCGUCCAGAAGGUGGAUCUAAGGUCCCUCCGGCACUUGACUCUGUGCUUCCGGCCCGUCGGGGAGCAGGAUGGCGGCUGCUACGGCCGCUUCACGGACUGCGGCCUCAGCCCGGAGCACGUGGAGAUGCUGUGUGGGUUGCUGAGCAAGUGUGAGGACCUCAAGGAGCUGGACCUCUCUGCAAACCAGCUGGGAGACGCCGGGUUCAGGGCCCUCGUGGCGCACCUGCCCCAGAUGCGGCUGUCGGGCCUGCUGGAUCUCAGCCAGAACAGCCUCUCGCAAGACGCCGUCCUGGACCUGGUGGAUGCGCUGCCCGCCUGCCCACGCGUGCGGGAAGCUUCCGUGAGCCUGGGCUCCAGCAGCUUCCAGAUCCACGUGGCCCCUCGGGAGGAGGCCAGGAAGACACUGAGGUUGAGCCAAUGCAGCUUCCGGCCAGACCACGUGCCCAGACUGGCCAGCAGCCUGAGCCGGGCCCCACAGCUGACAGACGUCACGCUGACCCAGUGCGAUCUGGGCCCGGAGCAGCUGGCCACGCUCCUGCGCCUGGCGAGGAGGCCGCGGGGACGGCUGAGCCUCAGGGUGACAGAGCCGUGGGUGGACAGCGUCAGGGUGCCCGUCCUGCUCGAAGCCUGUGCCCAGGCCUCAGAAAGUGUCACCGAGAUAAGCCUCGACGGGGCCCAGAAGCAGCUCCGCCUCCAGCUGGAGUUCCCCGGCCUGGAGAGCCCAGACGCCUGCAGGCCGGCUGACCGUGAGCCUGAGACUCAUCCCAGCCUCCUCUCGGGGCAGCGGCCGGGGACAUGCUCCAGGCUGCGGCAGCUCAGCCUGUCGCAGGUGACGCUCUGUGAAGCCGGUUGUCAGCUGCUGGGACGCCUGCUGCCACCCUCGGGCCUGAGAAGCUUCCGGCUGACCUCCAGCUGCGUCAGCUCCCAGGGCCUGGCCGCCCUGGCGUCUGCUCUGAGCCGCUGCGGCCGGCUGGAGGAGCUGGACAUGUCCGGCAGCAGGUUCUCUGGAGGAGACACACAGGCGCUGCUGGGCGCGCUGGAGGCCAAGGGCCAGCUGCGGAGGCUGGACCUCAGCCGCCUGCCCCUGAGCAACUCCGCCCUGGCAGUGCUCCUUCAGGCUCUCAGUCACAUGACCCUCCUGCAGAGCCUCCGGCUGGACGGUGGCGGCCUUGGCGACUCCGGCUGCUGUCCGCUGGCCACAGUGCUCCGAGCUGCCCCGGGCUUGGAGGAGCUGGGCCUGAGCCGGAACAAGAUUGGCGACGCGGGUGCCCAGCACUUGGCCGCCCUCCUGCCCGAGCUGCCGGGGCUCAGGAAGAUGGACCUCUCGAAUAACGACCUGAGCCCUGAGGGCGGCGUCCACCUGGCCGAGUCCCUCGCGCUCUGCAGGCAGCUGGAGGAGUUGACGCUCAGCCUCAAUGUCCUGGGGGACCACACGGCCCUGGCGCUGGCGCGGGGGCUGUCCCAGAAGCUGAGGACCCUGCGGCUGCGGUCCACCCAUCUGGGCCCCACAGGAGCACUGGGCCUGGGCCAGGCCCUGGACGGGCACCCCUGUGUGGAGGAGAUCAGCCUGGCCCAGAACAGCCUGAAGGGAAGUCUCCUGCUUCUCCGGGAGGGGCUCCCGCGGCUCAGGCAGAUAGACCUCAUCUCCUGUGAGGUGGACGACCAGACUGCUCCAUCCCUCGCUGGCAGCCUUCAGCUCUGCCCGGCCCUGGAAGAGAUCCUGUUGUCCUGGAACCUGCUCGGGGACCAGGCGGCCGCAGCGCUGGCCCAGGUCCUGCCACUCAUGCACCGGCUGAAGAAAGUCGACCUGGAGAAGAACCGGAUCACAGCCCACGGGGCCCAGCUGCUGGCCGCGGGGCUCGCUCAGGGCGCGCAGGUGCAGGUCAUCCGCCUCUGGAGUAACCCCGUCCCCGUGGACGUGGCCCGGCGCCUGCAGAGCCAGGACCCCAGGCUAAACUUCGCUUUCUUCGACAAGCAGCCACUCCAGGUCCCUCUGGGGACCUGACCGCGCCUGCAGCCCCUUCGGCGCCAGCCAAGCAACGCGACUUUCCUGCCGCAGCAUGAAGAGUCCUGGAAAAGCGCCUGAGCAGGGGCCCCGGGCGGCGGCACGUGGCCCCGCUAGGGCCUCGGGAGGGUCCUCUCAGGACCAGGAGCCCAGUACGGCCCCGGGUGGGUGGCGCCAUGUGUGACACACGUGGCCGGAGUCUCGGGAGUGGCUGGAACUUGCCAUGUGACACGUGCGGGUGACGUGGGCCCACUGUUACAGGACGUUACGGGCCUCGGUGCUGCAUCUGGACAGGGUCAGUGCCUGGACACAGGACACACGGCUGGCCGGAUGCCUUCAGGCCGGCCUGAGAUCUAAUUUAUUACGUUUUUUUGAAGUAUUUAUAAAUACAGUAUUUUAUUUUAUUUUAUUUGGUUUGGGAGCCACACCCAGCCAUGCUCAGGGAUGACUCCUGGUUCUGUGCUCAGGGAUCACUCCUGGUGGGCUCGGAGGCCAUGCAGGGUGCUGCAGCUUACCCAGGUGUAGACAGUAUUUUCUGAGUAUGUUCUGGCCUGGAAUGUGGCUGCAUGGGAGAGCCCUGGCCUUGCUGAACCUAAGGCCCUGGGUUCAGUCCUCAGCACCUUGAACAAAGUACGAAUGUUUCCGGGGGAGGGGACACGUCUCAAGAGGAGAGAGUCCAGGCACACAAGGUCUGGUCCUCACAAGGGUCCUCGUCCAGCCUCA